CUCUCACCUGUAGUUCCACACACUUACUACAUCUGUCUCUCUCUCUUUCUUUUUGCACAUCUAUCUAGUUUGUCCUCUACCUCCUACCUCUCUCAAUAUCGAUCUUUUUGCUUUUCAUCCCAUUAACUUAAUGGCCGUCUCUGGUUUUGAAGGCUUUGAAAAGCGCCUAGAGCUCCAGUUCUUUGGGGAUGACCCUGCAAUACUGACGGACAUGGGUCUUAGGCAGCUCGAGUUUGAGUCACUAGAACAAGUCCUGCAUGCUGUGCAAUGCACCGUGGUCUCGGCUGUGGGUAACCCCUACUUCGAUGCCUAUGUGUUAUCAGAGUCCAGCCUCUUCGUCUACCCCACAAAGAUCAUCAUCAAGACCUGUGGGACCACCCAGCUCCUCAAAUCCAUCCGUCCAUUGCUUCACAAAGCUCGCCACCUUGGCCUCACUCUUUGCUCCUGCCGCUACACUAGGGGUAGUUUUAUCUUUCCCAUGGCACAGCCCUUUCCCCACACCAGCUUCAAGGAAGAAGUUAUAUAUCUGGAAGAGAGCCUCCCUAGCAAUCUUUGCUAUAGAAAAGCCUCGGUUAUGCCUUCCAAAGUCAGCUCCCAUUCUUGGCACGUUUUCACUGCUAGUGAUGAGGCUCGCAUGGUGAUCAGCCCGCAUGUUCCCGACGUGUUAUACACACUCGAAAUCUGUAUGACCGAGCUCGACCGCGUCCUCUCUCGCAAAUUCUUUAAGCGUCCCGGGGAUGAUAAGACCGGCGACACGGCCGGGAAAGAGAUGACCCAGCUGACGGGUAUUGGAGACAUUAACCCCGGUGCUCUUAUUUGUGAUUUUGCAUUUGAUCCAUGCGGCUACUCCAUGAACGGUGUUAUUGAUGGUGACCGCUACUCCACCAUUCACGUAACCCCAGAGGAUGGUUACAGCUACGCCAGCUUCGAGUGCGUCGGGUCCAUUUACGAUGAUCAUGACGAUGUUGUCAGAGUUUUGAAGAAGGUGGUGCAAGUAUUCCGGCCGGCAACCAUGUCAGUAUCGACUACAUGCACAAGCCAUGAGGUGUGGACAAAGGUGGCAACCGCACUCGAGCCCCUUGGAUUGAAAUGCCGGAGUUGCACAAUGGAUGAGUUCCCUGCGGCCGGGAGUGUGGUGUUUCAAACGUUUACGACUCGCCGGAAGUAAGCUUGGAAGAUUUGGCACUAGUGGUGGUUGGUUGUGGUUGUGCUGGUGGUGGUGGCGGUAGAUACGGGGGGUCAGAAAAGAGAGUUAGGUCCGAGUUAGAAAUAGUUGUAAAUUGUAGAGGCUGGCGCGGGUCAUGAUGGGGUGAUGGAUCAUGAUCAUGAUGAUGUGGAUGAAUGUGAUUGGGCAAUGGGGAUGAUGAAUGUUGGGUUGACUUGUGUAGAAAGAUAAAAAAGUGGUGGUGGAGGGGGGAAAGAAAAUGUUAUAAGAAGAGAUGAGGAGGGGCUGAAUGCUGAUGUGGUAAGUAGCACAAAAAGGUUGGUGGGAUACAGGGAUCAUCAUGAUAAGGCACCCCACUUAAGCUCGCACGCCUAAGAUUUUGAGAAUGGUAGUGGGUGGGGAGAGGUAUUUAAAGUACUGCACUUGUUUGAGGUCAUGUCGUUUAACUUUCUCUUUCUCUAUCUCUAUGUUCUAUUCUUUUCAUCUUUAAAAAAAA